GUAGGAAAUGCAAAUAACGAAAAAGGAUGAAUAUCUAGAACCGAGUUCACCGACGAUAUCACCCGCCUUGAUAUACUUCAUACAGAACAGCCAGCAGAGCAGCACAGACGAACAAUCUCAAAAAGUAGCGAGAUCAACCCCGACGAUAUCCAGUCCGAAGUUUGAAUCAACGACCGAGGAACUCAAUAAGCGACCACUCAGCGUCAUGUUCAACAACGUCGGCGGUACUAGCGGUCAAACAUACCAACCAGACGACGAUAAUGAUAGGAAGUCGAACAGAUCUAGUAGCACGACGAUAACGAAUGGCAAACGAAAUAGUCAGAGGAGGCGUACAAAGCCUAGUUUGCAGAUAUUCAACUCACCUAGCAACCCUCCUAGCCGACCACCUAGCAUGAGCAUAUCGACCUCAAAUAUCCCUCAAGCAGCAACCUCUAGCUAUUCACCGAGUCUAAAAUCUGUCAAUCAUUAUCGGAAUAUAUCAACUGACUACUUGUCAAACAAAAUCCAGGGAUGGAUGCCAAAUUUUUCAAACUCGCUUUCAACGCCACAGAUCAGCAGCGAAUCAUCUAGCUUUGAUAAUGGUUAUAAAGAUAUCAGUAAUACCACCACAAAGGAUAAGGAUAAGGAUAAGGAUAGCAAACGUGGUAUGCUAGGAAAAGCAUUUUCUAGUCUACAUUUCAAUGAUAUCAGUAAAGUAAAUCAUCAAACUUCAAUCUCAAACUUUAGAACGAGAGUUGGAAAAUCUAAUCAAAAAUUAGUUUUUGGUGUAAAUUUACAACAAUCGAGUUAUUAUACAAAGAUAGAUAAAAGCACAUCCUUAUGGAAGAUACCUAUAGAAGCAAAAGAUCAUCUACCUUGUUUGAUCAUCAGAUGCUUCGAAUACUUAAUACAAUGGGCUAUUGUUGAAGAAGGAAUUUUUAGAAUCUCAGGAAAAUCAUCACAGAUCUUACAAUUAAAGAAUGAAUUCGAUUCUGGUAGUGAUAUUAACCUUAGAGAUAUACACCCAUCUGUUUUGGAUCCACAUGCCGUGGCAUCUAUAUUCAAAGCAUACUUAAGAGAAUUACCACAUAACAUACUUAGUAAUGAAACUAUACCACAAUUUAACGAUUUUAUGCAGAUUACUUAUAAAGUAAAUGCUGUGACUUCAGAUGAUGCACCUGCAGCUGCAUUUAAAUGUAAUUAUAAUCAAACAGAAGGAAAGGAUUUCAAUCAAUUAGAUUUGAAACUUUUAAAGGAUAUCUUAAAUGAUUUACCUUGCUCAAAUUAUUGGUUAUUAAGGUUAACGAUGAAAAUUUUAAAAUUAACAGCGGAUAAUAGUGAUAUAAACAAGAUGACAUUAUCAAAUCUAAUAUUAGUUAUAUGUCCAAGUGUCAAUUUAUCAGCUCAAUUCGUUAAAGUCCUUGUCACACAUUUUGAUGUUCUUUUCGGUUCGGAUGAUGUCGAAGAUAGUGAAGAAGAGGAAUUAGGCUAUUUAAGGUCUAAUACACCUUCACAACAAACUAAGUCAACACACAAUAAAUUCAGACUACUUAAACGUAAAAAAUAA